UGCGGAACAGAGGAAGCGCUCCAAACAAACCAAACUAACCAAUGACAUGCCGGCAGACAGCGGCGUGUGAAAGCGGACCUGAGUGAAGCAAAGUAUGAAAAGUUGAAAAAUAAAAACACACAUUUCCACUUUGCAGCCAUCACAGCAACGAUGAGCAAAGAUUUGGCAGUUCUUCAGGGUGGCUUCCUUCUGGCCAACAAGCUGUCUCUCCCCACAUCCCUCUCCUCCCUUCAGAAGGGCGACUGGCCCAGGGUGAGCCACCCGAUCCUUGAAGCUGUUGGAGAACUGUGCAGACAAGAGGGGCUCAAAGAUUGCCCCAACACAAGCGCCAUCCACUGGAAAAAGAAAUUAGUUUGUGUGCUGUGGUGCAAGCUGCUGUGCAGGGAGACAGGGGAGGACGUAGAGACAGGCUGGAAGGAAAACCCAUUCUUCCAAACCCAGAGCAGCCUUCCCGAGGUCAGCCAUGUUGUCCUGCUGGAGCUGGUCAAGUCGAUGGCAGCUGCUGGGAUCUUUGGCCGAUUCCUCCUCUGUCUUCCCCGAGCUCAGAUCUGCACUGAGCUGGCCAGGCUGGUCCAGCAUGUGAGCUGUGAUCCUAGUUCAGAGGAUGAUGUCCAACUCUUUCUUGAGGUGUGGCGGGAACUUUGGAAAGGCAGAGCUGAGCAGAAGGCGGGAGGUGAGGAUGACCUGGAGAAGAUGUUUGCUGACCAGUUUGCUCGUCUGUCCUCUCAGCCUGCUAGUCUGUCCCCUCAGGCUGCGAAGAGGCUCAAACUAGACACAUCAGAUCUACCCCCAUCAUCCCCUGAUGUAUUGCACACACUCUUUCAUGCACUGAAAGACAUAAGAGAUCAUAUAUCCACAACAGACCUCUGCCUCCAAGCCCUCUCCACUGCCCUGGACACUCUGUACACCUCCUUCCUAAUAGACAAAGCAGUCAUACUUCCACCCGAAGAGAAGAUGCUCUUUUUGUCUAAAACUGUGAGGCUCAGACAGAGGAAUGAUGAUGAUUGGAGUCCUGAACUACUUCGGGAAAUCCAGAGGGACCUGCGUGCAUCUCACAGCCCAUCUCAGUUUCAACCCAGCCAGCUAGAGCUCACCCAAGCCUUGAAGAUUAUAACAGAAGUUGCACAAUUUUGGCAAAACAGUGGACUGCUGAAGCGUGACAGCGCUCUUCCUAGUUAUUCAGCGUAUAAAGUCGAUCAGAGUGUCCAGAGAGUCCUCAGAGCUCUAGAGGAAGGGGACGCGCCUGAGGUUAUCAGUGAAAUGGACGAUCCACAGACUCUGAAUGAUGUAAAGACUACACUGAGAGAGGUGCUGGAGUCACUUUCCUUCCCUGCUGUAGAAAACAGCCCUGAGGUGAAUGCUAGGCUCACUAUGGCCAUCGUUAACCAUCGCCUGGAGGAUUAUCAAGACUUUGCUGUUUUAUUUGCUUCCAAGAAGAGCUGGGCCGUGAGCGAUGAGCUCUGGAUAGAUUGCCUGGAAAGGAACAAAGCAGCCUUCCAGCAGCACGGAACGGUGAUCAAACUCGCCUCAACCCUCGUGAGUAAAUUCCACAGCGACACCGCAAACCUAAGCCAGUGCAGAAAACUAAUGAAAGUAAUUGUGGACAUUUUCUCAGCGCUUUCGUUAGAGGACAAGAACAAAGCAUUGGCAGCCAUGUUGAGAUCAUCCAGUGAGGGGUUCUUUGGACGCUCUGUCCCCUCUGCCGUGACGGGCACAUUCGGACAAGAGCUCAACAUGGCUUUCAACUGCAUCAUCCAAGGGGGCGGUGGAGCCUCGGCAGCGGUGUCGCAGGGCAACCUGAGCACAGCAGUCUCCUUAGUAGCUCGAGUGGCGUUUCAGAACCCCAAGGCCACUUUAAUGAGUUGCUGCCAUUCAGCUGUUUUCAAUAAAGGGGCUUUUUCUCUCAUGGCAAAGAUCCUGCAGCAGCUGCCUGGACUCAGAGGGAGGGAAAGAAACGAUGAAGCACCGAUUAGUGGAGAAGAAAAACAGCAGGAAGACGAAAAGAUGGAUGGAAGAAGGGAUGCUGGAGGUGGUUGGAGUCUCCUUUGCAGUUGUCUGCAAGAGACGAUCAGGACCAAAGUGUUGUCAGCCAGUGAAAAAGAGCAGCUCCUCAAGUUCCUGGGUCUGCUGAUGAUGCCAGUCAUGGAAGUCGAAGGAGAAGAAAGGAGGCAAAGCUUUCUGUCACCCCAGGAGGUUGUGGGUGCCUUUGUCCUGCCUAACCUCUCCGUUGAGGAUCACGGCCCUGUUGAUAUAGACCUGAGUCUGCAGCUUCUCCACAGUGCCUUGUGUCUGGAUCUCCAGGAACCGGCCUCUUCUCCUCACUGGGUGUUGGGCUGCUCUCCGUUCCCGCUGCUCUACGUCCUGGCCCAGCUCCUGAACCAGGCUCUCAGGUGUUGGGAGCAGCCACCAGAGGGCGCCCUCCACCACUUGUCCAUGGACACCAAGGAUCUGUUGGUGUCGGUGCUGACCACUCUGGGGCAGGUGGUGGGCGCAGAGGUGGUGUCCGACCCCAGCAGCUGGUCCAGAGCCGUGUUCUGGCUCUACAACAAGACAGAGGUGCUGGACUGGACCGUCCGCUUCCACCUGAAGCCCGUGUGGGGCGAGCACUUCAAAAACGAGGUCCCUUUGUCUCUGCUGGCUGUGUGUGAUCUGCCCGAGCAGGAGUGGUCAGGUUUGGAGCUGCCCCAGUACGGCCAGGGAACGGGUCUGCUGGCGUGGAUGGAGUGCUGUACUCUGUCGGACUCCCUCCAGUCCACCAUGCUCUCGUGCCUCUCUCUGGACCGGCGUCAGUCUGAACACCUCAGCAUGUUCAGUAAAGGCCUGCUGGUGGCUGUCACCCAGACUCUGCCCUGGUGCUCUGUCUCCCAGUGGACCAGGCAGCUGAGAGCCCUGAGGGAGCUGCUCGUCUCGGGUCAGCUCCACGUCCCCUACUCCCUGGAGUACAUGGACUACCUGCCCCUCCUGGAUCUGAAGGCUUUCUCCUGCGAGCUCCGUCUGUCCGUCCUCUUGCUUCGUGUCUUCCAGCUCCUCUGCGGUGCCAGCUGCUCCGACUGGUUGCCGGAGGACGGCUGGGCCCACGUUGGGAGGUUGUACGCCCACGCUGUGAGGGAGAUGCUGGACUCACUCCGAGCCAAGCUGCCCCUUCCUUCAUCCGGCAUUUCGACAGCCUCUCCAAAAGGCUCUGCCAUAUCGCCCAAAAUGCCGGUGUAUAGAGACUCUGACCCCGCCUUUACCUCACCCAGACCUUCCAAAGUGUCUAAGGAUUCUCUGAAAGAACCUCAAAAAGUGGAAGAAACCUCUCCUCUGAAAUCUGCCCCUGGUCCUCAGUGUGUCAACAGCCACUCCAGGCCACCAAAAGGCUCCACCACUGCCGUCACAUCUGGGGAGCUGCAAAAAGAUGUGGGCCCUGUUCCCUGCCAGGAGGUCCUUUUUGUACUGAGCCAGCUCUUUUGUCAUGUUCAGCACGUCCAGGUGAUGAUGCCGGGAGGCCAGUGCGAAGCUCUGUUCCUGUCCUCUCUGGAGAUCCUCAGCUACUACCAGACCGUUACAGCCGCUUUCCCACACAGCAGCACUCAGCUGGAGAUCGACAACACCAGGCACUUCUUCUCCACCAUCACAGACAACCUGGACAACCAAGAGAUGAAGGCAGUACUGCAGCAGAAGAUCGCUCAGCUCACAUUGUCAGCAGCAUGACUCGGCACCGACUCCACAUCUCCUUAACCCGCCGGAGGUUCAGGGCUCAGAGACUCUGGUUUACUUAUUUGUGGACCUCCUUGUCUCUACAGCUCAAAAUACCUACUGUCAUGGAAAGGGCAUUGAGAAGUGUCUGUAAAUCUGUCCAAGCACAUUGUUAAUUAUGGAAUUAAGUACUUUGACCUGCGUUGUGUAUAAAAAGGUAUUGCCGAUGUUAUAUUUUUGUCACGUCUUGAAAUAUCUGCCGACAAAUGUGUAUGGCUUGUUUAGGAAAAUCAGUUUCAUCAAUUUUUGGUCAGUAGUGUUUUCUCUUCUUUCUUCAAGAUUUUGUAUAAGUUUCCAGGCAAUCCAUCUUAAUAAGGACUUCAGUAACCACUGUCAUAUGCUGAAGUCAUUCUUUUCAAAAAGUAAUUGUCAAGUGACUUGUUUGGAAUAAAAUCUUCUGUUGACAGUU